AUGAGAGAGUGCAUUUCAAUCCACAUUGGUCAAGCCGGUAUCCAAGUGGGCAACGCCUGCUGGGAGCUCUACUGCCUCGAGCACGGCAUUGGCCCCGAUGGCCAGAUGCCCAGUGACAAGACCGUCGGCCGCGGUGACGACGCCUUCAACACCUUCUUCUCCGAGACCGGCGCCGGCAAGCACGUCCCUCGCGCCAUCUUCGUCGAUCUGGAGCCCACCGUCAUCGACGAGGUCCGCACCGGCACCUACCGCCAGCUCUUCCACCCCGAGCAGCUCAUCUCCGGCAAGGAGGACGCAGCCAACAACUUUGCCCGCGGCCACUAUACCAUCGGCAAGGAGAUCGUCGAUCUCUGCCUGGACCGCAUCAGGAAGCUCGCUGAUAACUGUACCGGGCUUCAGGGGUUCUUGGUCUUCAAUGCCGUUGGUGGCGGUACCGGGUCGGGUCUCGGGUCGUUGCUUCUGGAGCGGCUUUCUGUCGAUUAUGGAAAGAAAUCCAAGUUGGGUUUCACUGUGUACCCUUCUCCUCAGGUUUCUACUUCUGUUGUGGAGCCUUACAACAGUGUUCUCUCCACCCAUUCUCUGCUUGAGCACACCGAUGUGUCUGUGUUGCUCGACAAUGAGGCCAUCUACGACAUCUGCCGGAGGUCUCUUGAUAUCGAGCGUCCCACAUACACCAAUCUCAAUCGCCUUGUCUCUCAGGUGAUUUCUUCUCUGACGGCCUCUUUGAGGUUCGAUGGAGCUCUGAAUGUGGAUGUGACUGAGUUCCAGACCAACCUGGUUCCUUACCCCAGGAUCCAUUUCAUGCUUUCAUCUUAUGCUCCGGUGAUCUCUGCUGAGAAGGCGUAUCAUGAGCAGCUCUCGGUGGCUGAGAUCACCAACAGCGCAUUUGAGCCGGCUUCUAUGAUGGCCAAGUGUGAUCCACGCCAUGGCAAGUACAUGGCAUGCUGUUUGAUGUACCGAGGUGAUGUGGUGCCCAAGGAUGUGAAUGCAGCGGUGGCUACCAUCAAGACCAAGAGGACAAUCCAGUUUGUGGACUGGUGCCCUACUGGGUUCAAGUGUGGUAUCAAUUACCAGCCACCCACUGUUGUUCCGGGCGGUGAUCUUGCCAAGGUGCAGAGGGCUGUUUGCAUGAUCUCCAAUUCCACCAGUGUUGCCGAGGUGUUUUCUCGCAUUGAUCACAAGUUUGACUUGAUGUAUGCCAAGCGUGCUUUUGUGCAUUGGUAUGUGGGUGAGGGCAUGGAGGAAGGAGAAUUCUCGGAGGCUCGUGAGGAUCUUGCUGCUCUGGAGAAGGAUUAUGAGGAGGUUGGCGCUGAGUCUGCUGAGGGAGAUGAUGGCGAUGAAGGAGAUGACUACUGA